GUCAAAAUACUUUAUGUGAAACUCCAGAAGUUAUGUCUGUUUUGGGUUUUGAAGAGGCUUUCCCUUCUGCGCUGCCUUAAUUUUCCGUUUUUCUCUCUAUCCAUGUCUCGAAACCAAAAUUCAUUUGCUAAUUAUGGCUCUCUUCCCACCACCUCCACCGGAAAGCCCCCUCUUCCACCGCGAGCUUCAAAUCCACCGACUCUCAUUCCGCACCCUAGAUCCGAGUUCGCCACGCGCCGCCCAUGGCGCGUGUUCUUCGACUUCUCCUCCUUCUACCGCCCGUACAAUUACGCCGAGGCAAUGUCUCGCGUACGGCGCAACCUCGACUACUUCCGCGUGAACUACGCCAUUGUUAUUCUCUUCAUCCUCUUCCUCAGCCUUGUGUUCCAUCCGAUCUCCAUGAUCGUCUUUCUAGUCAUCUUCGUGGGUUGGAUCUUCCUCUACUUUUAUCGCGAAGGACCUAUUUUGGUCUACGGAAGAGAGUUCGGUGACCGUCCCGUUUCGAUCUUAUUGGGAUUGGUGACCAUUAUCGCCUUGGUAUUUACUCAUGUUUCAGUGAAUGUGCUUGUGGCUUUGAUCGUUGGGGUUCUUGUGGUUGGCCUUCACGCCGCGCUUAGAGGGAUGGAGGACUUAUUUUUGGAUGAAAAUGAGGCUGUUGAAGGCGGGCUGCUCUCAGUUGUGAGUGAAGAGCAAAUCAGGCCUAGUCACAACUUUCCCGCAAUCAGAUAAAGGGGAUUUUUGAAACUUCUGUGUUUGUCCAUGAUUUGUGUUCAAGGGUUGCCAUGCUCGAAACUGACGGGGAGAUCCCAAUUUUUGAAGAUUUGAACACAAUUUCAAAAAGUUCUUUGUUUCCUUUUGAUGCAGCUUCUCAACUUGUGGUGCUGGUUGGGAAUUCACAUUCUAUUUGUGAUGUUUUUAUCCCCUGAAAUGUUGGUGAGGUAGGCUCCGUCUGGUAUGAAGCAAUUUGAAGAGUAGGUUGUGUAGAACAAGUUGGGGAGAAAGGUGAUGUUUUUUCCUCUUGUUGUCUUUAUUUUACCAAAUGGGUUUCUUGUUUCUUUUGUUCAGUUAUGGUUUACCUCUAAUUCCUUUUUGUUUAUACUAAGAAGUAAGAACUAGUUGUACUCCUGUAUAGUUUGCUUUAACUUGAUUACAACUAAGUCUGCCUAUUUUAUUGCAUUGCAUGCUUCCUAGCUCUGGUAUUGUCAUUAUAUGUAUUGUUCUCUUCUUAGUUCAACUUCAAAUGGUGAUUGGGAUUGCGUUUGGAAACCUUGUUUUAUUUAUUCUUUUGACCCAACAAGUGCAAAUAAUGAAAGAAACGAGAAUUUUG